AUGGAGACGAACGGUGAUGGGAGCCGAAACUUGAAAGUAGGACAAAAAGAGAAUAAUCAAGAAAGGUAUCUUAGAUAUCACAUUGCAACGCGAGAGGAGCUAGCAAAUGGGCUCUCGCAAAAGAAGGAUCGGAUGAUAUUAUUUGGGCAUUGGGGAUUGGGGAUUUGGCAUAGGGAUGGGAUGGUGGGUGGUGGUGCUUUUAUUGCUUUGGCUAUUGCUUUGGCUAUGGUUAUGGUUAUAUUUGCUUGGUUUGGCUUGGCUAGAUUAAAUUGCUGGAUGGAUGGAUGUUGGGCUAGGGUUAAUUAG